CCUGGGGAAGAGACAGCACACACUAAUGAACACUGAAGUGCCUGUGUGAGGAUUCGCAGAGAAGAGGAAAAUCACUUGCAAAUCCAGCAUCACCCAGCGGGUUCAGCCCAGAGGGAUCAUGUGGGUUCUGGAGAAGAUCCGGGACUCCAUUGAAACAAAUGUGCUCCGCCAAGGAGAGGCGGGUGACAAGGGGAAGGCACCCGCCUAUAGCAACGUCCUCACACCCGAUAAGAUUCCAGAUUUCUUCAUCCCCCCAAAGCUGGUAAGCUGCCCACCAGAGACUGAAGCUUCUGACAUCAAGUCCAAAGAUAGUCUGAGACCCUCGACCUCAGAGCAAACCAUCAGCAACAAGAAGAUCAGCAGCCCUCGUAGCCCACGACUGGUCAGCAAGUUGGCAGGAGACACCAAGAACCUGCUUAGGGCGGCUAACCGGCACAUCAUUCAGAUCGAGAGUGCGGACGACGUCAUAGCGGGUGACACCAACGCUGACCCUCAAUCCCAGACCGCCAUGUCACUUCCUUACAUUCCAAAGACUCAGACUUCUUACGGAUUUGCCACGUUGAUGGAGAGUCCUCACACCCGGCGAAAAGAGUCCCUGUUCCACUGCGACCACACCAGUCCAGUUACGUCACCCAAUACCCAGCGCAAGUCCCAAGGCAAGGGCAGCAACGAGGGAAAUCACCUCAACCCUCCGGACUUCAGCUCCUCUCACAUAAACCCCUACCGAUACUUCAGCGGUGGCGAGAGCGACACUUGCUCUUCGGCAGAGUCGUCCCCAUUCAGUUCGCCACUGCUCUCUCGUUCCGCCUCUUUACUGAAGAUCUUCACCCAUGAGACACAUGCCAAGGUUGCCAAAGGCAAGCGGACAUUUGCCAGGCAUAGUUCCUUAUCCACAGAUGAGUGCAGCUCGGCAGAGCCCAGCCCUAACGUUCCUAGGAGGAGCCACUGUUCCUCCUUACAAGGUGGUGGAGCUCUGGACCACCUUCAUGGCGCGGACCGUCAACACAAGGAGCACACCAUCAACAUGCACAAAGGAGGCACUGUCCGACUUUGCGCAGACUACGACGCGGGUACGGCCCGUCUGCGAAUCCGCAUUAUGGCGGCCGAGGACCUGUAUGAUCCCAUGUUUGAUAUUAAGAGCAUCAACUGUUGCGUGUCGCUCUACCUUAAUCCGGGCAAGUUGCAGAAGCAGAGGAGCACGAUAAUCAAGAACAGCCGCAAUCCCUUCUUCAACGAGGACUUCUUUUUUGAUUCGGUGACUUCGGCUCAGGUUAAGAACUUAGCUUUGAAGAUCAAGGUUGUGAAUAAAGGCACCAGCCUGAAAAGAGACAUGCUGUUAGGUGAACGGGAGGUCCCUUUGUGCAAGCUCUUGUCUGGAGUUUAGGCCUUCAGAAUGGGACACUGUCCUCAACGUUGGAAUAAGUUCUUCUGUGCUAGAUAUUUGCUUCGUUGUCUUUCAUGUAGCAGUGGUUAAUUUAGUAUUUACAGAUUCAGAAGCAACAACCACCACCUGCUAUAGAUCAAGGCGUUAGCACAGCUUUAAAUUUGUUGCCUGUAAAUAUAGAAGAGUCUAUGACAAAGUCUUUUUGUAUGUUGCCUUCCGUAUUUUGGUUGUUCUACGCAUUUAGCCUAAUUAAGACCAAGCGUUUACCUUUUUGAUUGUAAAGACUUCUUUCCAGAGCCGCAAGUCCUUUGAAGCUUCACAAUGGCCCUCUGUGCUAAUGUUAGCUUUGAUCCUAGAUGCAUCUGCUGGCUAAUUUGGAGGACAAAUAACCAGACCGAACAAUGUUGCGUCACACUGCAUGUGUCGGCGUCAGACUUUACGCCAAAACUUGUAAAUGCGAUGACAUAUUCUUGCAAAUGUGCAGAAUGUCAUUUGGUGAAACCCAGAAGCCUUACUAAAGAGCGAUUUUUACAUGUUUAGAUUUGCUCCGAUUGGAUCAUUUUUGGACUGAGCAUCAUCAUUUGUAUCUAUUUGUUGGACAUCAUCUGGCUUGGAAAGCCUUUUAUGAAACAGGGUCCAUAUGAAAUACUUUCUUUGAAAGUCUUUCAAUGCACCGUACUUACCCAGAGGAAAGUACCAAGUAAACUAUCUACUCACAUUCGCAGAUCUAAAUUCCAAUCCUCUAGCCAAAAAUGUAAUGGUAAAAUUCAUAUGGUAAAAUCAUAUGGAAAGGAACCUGAAGGGUAUAUGCUGCAUGUGUCAUUAUGCAAAUAGAUAAUCUGAUGUGCAAUUUGCGUUUUCAACAGACAGAAACCAUAUGAAUAGAAAAGUGGUUGAAAUUGGACACGACCAUGAUCAUGAAUGGAUGGAUGCAUGGAUCUUUCCUUUCUGGCUUGAGAUAUUGGUAAUUUUCUGAUAACACAAGACAAAAUAGCUAUUAAAUGAUUGGAAAGAGUAUCUAGCCUCCUUUGAUUCAUAUUAAAUUAUAUAAAUUUAGUAAGCGUUUAUUUCCUUUCUGGCUCCGCUUUAUAGAUAAAGAGCAGAAAAGGCAUUUUUGAGGUAAUGAGGCAGAUAGUGCUCAUUAAAAUGCUAAAAAAACAUCAAAAAUGGCCCCAUUGAAACUUAACUAUUAGCUGGUUGGUUACAAAUGCGAUGCAGGGAAUGGACAAGAACAUUUUUAUAUUUAUGAUCUGUGGAUUGUGCAGUAAUUAUUUGAGUGCAAAAAACAUAUGAAGCUUUUCAUUUAUAUUCAAGUGUUUCAUUAAGUCUUUAAUUUCCUAAACCACUCGAAUGCUGGAGUCUUCCUGUUUUAACAGGUGUAUUUUGCAAAAUGAAAAAAGUGCCAAUCCUAUGUACUUGAUGUAGAAGUGAACUGUUCACCUGGCAUUUACCGUGAUUUGUUCAUAGUUGAUCCCGUCAACUCUGGUGUUUGUAACUUGUGUGCAUGGAUAAUAUUUUCACUGUGGUAAUCAACCUAUAAUAUAUAUUUUUUUUUAAGUGUGAGCUGUUUGAUGGAGUGUAAUUUCUUUUCUGCACCUCUGCAUGGAUGUUCAACUGGUGUAUUUGUAUCUUAGAUGGACAGCUAGAGGUUUUGCAACUCAUGAAAGAAAUAAUAAAAAGAACACAUUUG